UCAAAGGUAAACUGUCAUGUCCGCAGUGUUAUUAACUUUUGGAUGCAGAAAAUUCCCAAACUACACCGCAGUAAAUGCGUUUGCCGUUUACAGAUAAUAACAGUCACAUAUUCUUGAAAGAGAAGAGACUCUUGCUUAUACAUUAUCGUCUCAUGAGCGGAGAAUCCCUGUUCAACAGAAAUUCCGUUCUGGAUUGCUGUGGAGGCUUGAAUAACGUGGAUUACAGUCAGAUGGACAUGUCUAUGUUGGCAGACCUGUCGAGGUUUAUAGACCUGACAGAAUCCAGAUUCUGCGUAGCUGUCAUUGCUAUCAUUUUCAACCCUUUCUUCUGGAAUGUGGUUGCCAGAUGGGAGCACAGGACAAGGGGCCUGACACAAAUUUUCGGUGGUCCUUACAUGGCCUGUUAUUCCCUCGGCGUGCUCAUCCUCCUCCUCAAUGUUUACCGUAGUCACAGUAUUACAGUUGCUAUGAAGGGACAGCCUCGAUGGGAGCUGCUGGAUAAUGUACAGGUGUACUAUGCAGGAGCAUCUCUCAUGGCACUGGGUUCACUGUUUGUUAUCAGCAGUUUCCUGGCCCUGGGCUUUACCGGCACCUUUCUGGGUGAUUAUUUUGGCAUCCUCAUGGAUAAGAAGGUGACUGGUUUCCCUUUUAAUGUGAUAGACAACCCCAUGUACUGGGGCAGCACUGCUAACUACCUGGGCCUUGCCUUAAUGAAUGCCAGUCCUAUAGGGGUGGUCCUGGCCGCAGUGGUGGGUUUGUCCUACAGGAUAGCUAUUGUAUAUGAGGGACCAUUCACAGAGGAGAUCUAUCGACAGAGGAGCCAGCGCUGCAAGCACAAAUAGAAGUGGAGCGUGUUUAAGCAUGAUACCCAGCUUCCUUACUGCUGACACUGCUAGAUCUUGGAUAGGCAAAUGGAGAAUUGUGGAUGGAGACCAGAGAUACCCAUCAAUUGUAAAUGUAAAAAUGUAAACACUGAUGCAUUUUCAACAUCCAAAUGAUGUCACCCUGAAUAGUGAAUGAUCUCAGCUGGAAAUUGCACAUGAAAAAUAAUUUGAAAAUUAUAUGUAAAUUAUAUGUAAAUCUGUAGUUUAUAUAUAUAUAUAUCAUUUAUCAUAAGCAUAAAAAAUACAAUUGUUGUUGGUUUUUCUUUUCAUAAUGUACGUCCUGGCUGAAAUCAGCUGUUUUAGGGUCCAUUUGUUGUAAUGUGAAGAGACUGAAAAGUUUUGAUCUGUUUUACUUGAAUACAGUGGCAAGAAAAGUAUCUAAAGCCAUUGGAAUUACCUGCAUUUAUGUAUAAAUUUGUCUUAAAAUCGGGUUUGAACUUCAUCUAAGUUACAAUAAUGAACAAACACAAUCAGUUUUAACUAAUAACACACAAAUUAUUUUAUUGUUCCUGUACAUACUGAAUAUAUCAUUCAAACAUUCACAGUGUUGGUUGGAAAAAGUAUGUGAACCCCUAGGCUAAUGACAUCAACAAAAGAUAAUUAGAGUCAGGACAUGGCAAACCUGGCAUGCGAUUAAUGAAAUGAGAUUGGAAGUGUGGGUUAGAGCUACUUUGACUUGUAAAAAGCACUCAAACAUUUUGAGUUUGCUAUUCACAAGAAGGAUCUGCUGAUGUGGAUCAUGCCUCACAAAAAACAGAUCUCAGAAGACAUACAAUCAAGAUUUGUUGCUUUGCAUAAAGCUGGAAAGGGUUACAAAGUUAUCUCAAAGACCUUAGGUUUACACAUUAUUUUACAGUGUCCUUGUUAAAGUGUAAUUACGUAAGUACUGACUAAUAUUAAUUAACAACAUGUACUUACUAUAGGUUUAGGGUUAGGGUUUGGUUUAGGGUUAGUUGCUUGUAAUUAUGCAUAAUUUACUGUUAUUACUAUACUCAAUAUUUGUAAUACUUAUAACAAGGACACUGUGAAAUAAAGUGUUAAAGAGCUUAGAUAUUCAUCAGUCCACAGUUAGACAAAUUGUCUAUAAAUGGCGACGAUUUAGUACUGUGGCUACUCUCCCUAGAAGGAUCCGUCCAGCCAAGAUGACUCAAAGGGCACACUGCAGAAUGCUCAAUGAGGUAAAAAAAAGAACCGUAGAGUGACAGUUAAAGACUUGAAGGAAUUACUGGAACUGGUUAACAUCUCUGUUCAUGAGUCUACUAUACAGAAAACAUUAAACAGGUAUGGUGUCCAUGGCAAGACAUCCCGAAGUGAUUGGUGCUGUCCAACAAAAACAUUGCUGUGCAGCUCAAGUUUGCCAAAGACCAUCUUAACAAUCCAACACUACUGGGAAAAUGUUUUUUGGACUGAUGAAACUAAGGUUGAAAUGUUUGGGAAGAACACGCAGCACUAUGUAUGGCGUGAAAAGGGCACCACAUACCAAAAUGAAAACAUCAUCCCAACAGUGAAGUAUGGUGGAGGGAGCAUCAUUAAUUGGGGCUGCUUUGCUGCUUCGGGCCUGGACCGCUUGCCUUCAUCAAGGGAAAAAUUAAUUCCCAAGUUUAAUAAGAUGUCUUGCAAUAUAAUGUCAGGGUGACUGUGUGCCAGCUAAAGCUCAGUAGAAGUUGAGUGAUGCAGCAGGACCCUAAACAUCGAAGUAAUCCACUUCAGAAUGGCUUAAAAAAAGAAAAUCCACCUUUUGGAGUGUCCCAGUCAGAGCUCAGACCUUAACCCAAAAGAGAUGCUGUGGAAUGACCUCAAGAGAGUCAUUCACACCAGACAUCUUAAGAGUAUGACUGAGCUGAAGCAGUUCUGUAAGGAAGAAUGGUCCAAAAUUUCUUCUGAAUGUGCAGGUUUAAAACGCAGCUAUGGGAAACGCCAAAGGAGGAUCGACCAGUUAUUAAAUCCAAGGGUUCACUUACUCUUUCCACAGCACUGUGAAUAGUUAAUGGGAUCUGUUCAAUAAAUACAUGAAAGAUUAUAAUUGUUUGUGUGUGGAUCUCUUAAUCAAUGCAUGGCUAACACAGCCAGAUAUUAAAAUUGGUGCAAUAGCUCUUUUCUUAUCAGGGAUUAUAUUCACCAGACCCACAGUUACAAAAGAACAGACUCUGUCUCUUACAGGUUUUGGUGCUGCUGCAGCUAUAAAGGAUCCGAGCUUUGUCGCAUGAUCCAUCUGGUAUUUGAUGCUGUCAGCAUUAUAGAGACACACUCCUGCUCCCUUGCAACAGAACCAAUCAAUCUUGUCAGUGACAGUCUUUAACCGAUGUGAUAUCUUUGGUUGACAAUCUCUCUUGAAAGAAUAAAUUACGCUUGCAGACAUUACAUAAUACAAGCACAGACCAGACUUUGUUUUCAAAACAAUCAAUAUGAGUCAG